UCGACCCCUCAGCUCAGCUCAGCGAAGCCACGACAUCGAAAAUCCCACUUCAUAAUCAACACAACCUUCACUUCAGCUUCAUACAUUCCUACCUCGCCUCUUGUUUCCCUCCUUUCCUCUUCAAACCACAACCCCCAAAAAAACCACAAAAAAAGACGCAUAUACCCAUAACGAUGUCUUCUUUCCAAGCUAGCGAGGUCGAUGAGAAGUGUGUCAACACCAUCCGAACUCUUGCCGCCGAUGUCGUUGCCAAGGCCAACUCUGGUCACCCCGGUGCCCCUAUGGGAAUGGCCCCCGUCGCCCACAUCCUCUGGACCCAGAUCAUGAAGUCCUCGCCUUCCAACUCAAAGUGGUACAACCGAGACCGAUUCGUCCUCUCCAACGGACACGCCUGUGCUCUGCAAUACGUCAUGCUCCACCUGAUGGGUUACAAGGUCAAGAUGGACGACUUGAAGGCUUUCAGGCAGUUGAACAGCAUCACCCCGGGUCACCCCGAGGUCGGCAUGACGGACGGAAUCGAGGUCACCACUGGACCUUUGGGUCAGGGUUUCGCCAACGCUGUCGGUUUGGCCAUGGCUCAGGCUCACAUGGGUGCCACCUUCAACAAGGACGGCUUCAACGUGUUUGACAACCACACUUUCAUGUUCACCGGUGACGGUUGUCUCCAGGAGGGUGUCGCUGCCGAGGCCGCCUCGCUCGCCGGUCACCUCCAGCUCGGCAACCUGAUCGCCGUCUACGACGACAACAAGAUCACCAUCGACGGAGACACCGCCUGUUCCUUCACCGAGGACGUCGAGAUGAGGUUCAAGUCGUACGGAUGGCAAGUCUUGCACGUCGAGAACGGUAACGACGACUACGCCGGGAUCGCCGCUGCCAUCGAGGAGGCCAAGAAGAACACCAACCAGCCGACCAUCAUCAACUUGAAGACCAUCAUCGGAUUCGGAUCCAAGUUGCAGGGAACCGGUGGUGUUCACGGAGCUCCCCUCAAGAAGGACGACAUUGCCGAGCUCAAGAAGCGAUGGGGCUUCAACCCCGACGAGACCUUCGUCGUCCCCUCCGAGGUCAAGGACGCCUACGCCAAGGCCGCCGACAAGGGCGCCAAGUACGAGUCCGAGUGGAACAAGAUGUUCGCUUCUUACAAGGAGAAGUACCCCGCCGAGGCCGCCGAGGUCGAGCGAAGGAUGGAGGGACGUCUCCCCGAGGGUUGGGAGAAGGCCUUGCCCACCUACACCCCGGAGGACGCUGCCGUCGGAUCGAGAAAGUUGAGCGAGACCGUCUUGACCAAGUUGUGGGACGUCUUGCCCGAGCUCUUCGGUGGAUCGGCCGAUUUGACCGGAUCCAACUUGACCCGAUCCAAGGCUGCUGUCGACUUCCAGCCCCCUUCGACCGGUUUGGGUAACUACGCCGGACGAUACGUCAGGUUCGGAGUCAGGGAGCACGGAAUGACCGCCAUCUGCAACGGUCUCGCUGCCUACGGUGGUAUCAUCCCCUUCGGUGCCACUUUCCUCAACUUCGUCUCCUACGCCGCCGGUGCCGUCCGACUUUCCAGCUUGUCCCACUUCCGAGUGCUCAACAUUGCCACCCACGACUCUAUCGGUUUGGGUGAGGACGGUCCCACCCACCAGCCGGUCGAGACUGUCGCUUGGUUGAGGACUCUGCCCAACAUGCAGGUCCACCGACCGGCUGACGGAAACGAGACUUCGGCUUCGUACAUGGUCGCCCUCAAGUCGCAGCACACUCCCUCGACCCUCUGUUUCUCCCGACAGAACUUGCCCCAGUUGGCCAACUCUUCGGUUGAGAAGGCCGUCAAGGGUGCCUACGUCUUGGAGGAGGUUGAGAACGCCGAUGUCACCUUGAUCUCGUCCGGUUCCGAGGUCUACCUUAUUAACGACGCCGCCAAGAAGCUCAAGGAGCAGGGCAUCAAGGCCCGUGUCGUCAGUGCUCCUUGUUUGGAGAUCUUUGACGCUCAGCCCAACGAGUACCGUCUCUCGGUCUUGCCUUCGGGUAUGCCCAUCUUGGCCGUCGAGGCUUACGCCUGUGGAACUUGGUUGAGCUACGCCCACGAAUUCUUCGGUUUGAAGGGAUACGGUAUGAGCGGUCCUGCCGACCAGGUCUACAACCACUUCGAGCUCACCCCCGAGGGCAUCGCCAAGCGAGCCCAGAAGGUCGUCAACUUCUACAAGAAGCGAGGUUGCGAGGUCUACUCUCCCCUCAUCUCCGCUUUGGACGAGGUCAACGACCAGUAGAUCGGGUGUCGAGACGUUUGCUGGAAAGAUGGAACUGUGUCAUGAUUUUAUAAGCUUGGUUUAUUAGUUCGCGUUUGAGACGAUCAAAUACAUGUGUGCAAAAGCAGAGGU